GGCCCGGGAGGAUCCUCCCGCUGACGUUUUCCCUGGAUUUCGCUUUUUCCCUGGAUUUUUGGGGGCGUGGCCGGGGCCGAGCCUUGAGCCGGCGCUUCCUGAUCCUCCCUCCCCGCUGGAAUUCUCCGGGAAGAUCCCGGUUUUCCCUCGCCAUGGAAUCCUCCCCGCCCGGAUCCUCCGCUGGAUUCUCCAGCGGCUCCGUUUUCCCCGGGAGCCCAUCCCGAUGAUUCCGGAGGAAAAUCCUUCCCCGGCCCUGUCUGCGCCGCCGCCCCCUCCCAGCGGGGCCCGCGUUAAUCCCGGGAUUUGCGCCUCUGGAUUCUGCACCGUCAGGAUUCUCCCGCCCGGAGCCGCCGGGACCGGCCCCGAUUCCCGGGAAUCUCCCCGGGAUCCGCUGAGGCCCCGGGAGCGGCGCCGGCGCCCGGCGGCCGUGCUGAGGCCGCCAUGGCCACCAAGGUUCCGAUUUACCUGAAGCGGAGCGGCCGCAAGGGCAAGAAGGAGAAGCUCCGGGACAUCCUCUCGUCGGACAUGAUCAGCCCCCCGCUGGGCGACUUCCGCCACACCAUCCACGUGGGCAGCGGCGGCGAGAGCGACACCUUCGGGGACAUUUCCUUCCUCCAGGGCAAGUUCCACCUGCUGCCCCGCGCCGCCGAUCCCGCGCCCUUCGCUUUCCCCGGCGCCGCCGAUCCCGCGCCCUUCGCUUUCCCCCGCGCCGUCGAGGCGGCGCCGUCGCCGUUGCUCAAAAACGCCGUCUCUCUGCCGGCGCUCGGCGGCGCCCGCGCCCUGACGCUGCCGGCGGCGCCGGCUCCGCCAAAACCCCCGCGGCUGCGGCCGGACGAGGCGGCUCCGGCGACUCCGGCGUGCGCGGCCGCCAACGGCGAGGCCGAGGCGGUGCCGUCGCAGGCGGGAUCGCUGCUGUCGCUGCACGUGGACCUGGGGCCCUCCAUCCUCGAGGACGUGCUGCAGGUGAUGGAGCGGCACCGCGCCGAGCGCGGCCGGCCGGAGAUCCCCACGUGAGGGCGGCUCCGCGGGGAAGCGGCGAGGAUGAGGAUGGCGAGGAUGAGGAAGGUUCCGGGAGCUUGGCGGAUCCCGGCUCGGAUUCCCGCGUUUCCGACGGCGGGAGGGGGUUCGGCCUCUCCGAGCUCUCGCAGGCGGGGUGAAUUCCCCAAGAUCCCGGACGGGAGGAUUUGGGGGGACGGCGGCGUUCCUUCUCCGCGGCGGCGGCGCCUCAGCUUCCGUUGGACCCUUUGGAAAUCCCGCAAACGGGGAAAUUCCCGCCGGGAAAUCUCCGGCUCUCCCCGGAGAAGCCAAAACUCGGCGUGGAGGAGCUCGGGAUCCCGGCGGGAGCUUUAGGAACUCAAUCCAAGGAGGGGCCAAAAAUCCACUCGGGGGGAAUCGGGGGUGAAGGGAGCGGGGCCAGGCUGGAAAUCACCAAAGGGACCCAAAAAAUCAUCGAAGGGACACAAAAAAUCACCAAAGGGACCCAAAACCAACCCAAAUUCCCAAGGAGAGGCGCGGCUGGAUCCCGGCGCCGCGGCGGAUCCGUCGCGGAUCGUUCGGCCGGACGGGGGUGGAAGGGGAAGGAGGGAAUGGUGAGGGGAAUUCCCGCUGGAAUUUAGGGAAUAGGGACAAAAUCCCCGCUGGAAACGCCGCUGGUGCCGGGAGGAGCCGCCGGGACUCGGGGACGGGGUGGGGACAGCGCUGAUCCAGGCUCUUUCCAAGAAUUCCAGCGGAUUCCUGGGAGUUGGAGCCUGGAGCCUCAGCCCCUCCUGACCCCACCUUCCCCUUCCUCGUUGCCUAACGAGUCUAAUUUAGAUUAUCUGCCUAAUGACUCAUUAGAUUCUCAUUAACGAA